CGCUCCUGGAAGAGCUGAGGCGACAGCAGGAGUAAAGCCGCGGUCGUCUCGGCCUCUGCUCUCGGUUGCCUGAGCCAUGGCGGGCACGGCGCUCAAGCGGCUCAUGGCGGAGUACAAACAGUUGACGCUGAAUCCACCAGAAGGCAUAGUAGCUGGGCCUAUGAAUGAAGAAAAUUUCUUUGAAUGGGAAGCAUUGAUAAUGGGUCCAGAGGACACUUGCUUUGAGUAUGGUGUUUUUCCUGCUAUUCUGAGUUUUCCUCUUGAUUAUCCUUUAAGUCCUCCAAAGAUGAGGUUCACAUGUGAGAUGUUUCAUCCUAAUAUUUAUCCAGAUGGGAGAGUUUGCAUUUCUAUUCUUCAUGCUCCUGGAGAUGAUCCCAUGGGCUAUGAGAGCAGUGCGGAACGAUGGAGCCCAGUACAAAGUGUGGAGAAGAUCCUCUUGUCUGUGGUCAGCAUGCUGGCAGAACCAAAUGAUGAGAGUGGAGCCAAUGUGGAUGCCUCUAAAAUGUGGCGGGAAGACAGAGAGCAAUUUAACAAAAUUGCCAAGCAAAUUGUACAGAAAUCACUUGGGCUUUAAAAGAGGAAGAGAACUGAAAUGUUUGACAAUCGUAGUGUUGAACUUUUCUCAGAGCCCCAGAUGACAGUACUCUGUGUCGGUAGCAAAAGACAAAUCUUGUACAAUCAUUGACUGGGUUUCUUACCUUCCUGCUCUCCCCCUUCAAAUACAUACACUCAAAUAUAUUUCCCAUUUUUCUCUACGGGAAAAAAAUCUUUUUGCCUAAAACUUGUCAGUAGAUGGAAUACAAAUGGAUUUGGUUAUAGCAGAAACUAUACUGCAAGUCACUUUGCACUAGUGACAGCUUGGAAACGUUACCUUGUGGUGUAUCUCUCCAAUUAUAUUUAUAUUAUUUUCCUGCUCCCUUUCAAUAUACUUGCUGGUAGUGGAGUAGAGCAGAUCUGUGAAUUUAUAACUGCUCAGAAAAGUAGAAAAAUACUGCUUAAACACUAUUGGGAUCAGGUUUUUGGAAAUUGAGAACUUCCUUUUUAAGGAUGUCUUACAUAAUUUCAUGUAACAAGAUAAAAAGAACUUGUCUCCAAAAUACUGCAAAACGACUUAAACCUUGAAGUUAAAUGAGAACAGAAUUGAGCUUUUGGUCAAGAUUAUUUUAUGAGUAAGUAAAUUACUGUCUCUAAUGGAGGUAAACCAGGGAAGAAGUGGUCAGUGUAAUCAGUAUCUUGCUUAAAGGUAUAACAUUCUUCCUGCCUAAAUAAAUAACACUUUAUGUGGGUACUUUUGAAUGCCUUCAAGCAUGAUUACGUUCCUCUUGAGACAUUCAGUGAACUUGUUACAGCUCCAUUAUGUUUGGUGUUACUUGAGUAAUCAUUCCCAAAAUGUAUUGAUUUCCUUAAACAGAUAUCUCUACCCAUAAUGGAUGCCGGAAAUAACAACUGUUGGUCAGAAGAGCAAUGUCUCCUAAGUGAUUUUUCAAUCCUGAUCUCACAGAUACCUAAUAUAAAGACUCAGUCUUGAACCUAGCAUUGUCUGGACUCUACUCCUAAAGGAAAUAGGACAAACAAAAUCCAGUAUUAACAUUGCCUGGAUUAGCAAUUACUCUUGUAUUCUUUUGAGGGCGAUAUAGGAGAGAGCCGGUGGAAGUUUCUGAAAAGAAUGGGUUUGAUCCAGAUUUAGUCAGAGUAGACCCACUGAAAUCAUUGGGAUGUCAUUGGGUCUGCUCUGAUUAAGUCUAGUUAUAGCCGUAUAUUUAUGUGUAGUAUAGGAAUGAAAUAGACUGCUCCGUUCUUUCUUUUUGUCUGAGCAGGAACUGACAUCCAUAUCUUGUUAUGUAACACUGUUCUACAUCUGGUACUACUUCAAAAUGCCAAGUUUGAAGUUAUUUUGCAAGAAAUACCAUGAUCAUAACUUGCAUAGCCUUGGAUUGGUCUUAUGCUAGUAUUUACACUUGAACCAGAGUUUCAGAUUUAAAGGGACAACUAUGAAGGACUGUGUCAAUAAAAUAGUUUGUUGUGACAGUACCUUGUGGACCUGCAUUUCUCAUAUUGAACAUCAUUUGGCAUCAUCUUUAUUCCCAGUGGAAUUCCAUAUAUUGAGCUGUUGGAUUAAUUGGAAGACUUCAGGUUCAUGUGUUACUAUACUAGCAUGAUUUCCAGUGAAAAUAACUCCCAUGAUCUGGCUGAUCUAGAGGGGAAGCUGAAUCUGGGCAUUUCUUUAGUUGUGUGAAGUCCUGCCCUCAUGAGAGAUUUGCGGUGACAAAAAUGCCACAGGAGCAAUGUCUGAAUCACAUGUAAAUCUUUUUCCAUUAUGAAGUUUUGAGAGAGAUGUAACUUUGGGUACGGAUUGGGAGGGAAUGGGAAGGAAUCUUGGAAAGUAAUAUAUUUUUCAAAAAUGGCAUCCACAGAUGUUACUUUUCUCUGCACAUGAAAGGUGUUUGUUCAUUUAAAAACAUGCCACGUAGCUUGAAGGGUCCAAUAUAACAGCAACGUUCUGAAAGAAGGGUGUUCUAAAGUUUCGUUGUUUAAUGGUGGUUGACAGUUCCAUGGGAAAGCCUUCCUACUUUUAUGCAGUAUUCAUAUGUGUUUAAAGCUCGUUGUUUUAUAAAGGACACGAAACUCUAAUGAAAAUAAAGACAUAUUUUCCUUAAAAGUACAA